AAUUAAUAAAAAAUUUGUAUCUCUCGUCCUCGAGACGGUGAGGUCCUGGGUUUCGUGACGUAGGCCGACGCGACGAGGUCCUGGGUUUCGCGACGGAGGCCGACGCGACGAGGUCCUGGGUUUCGCCAAGGCGGCUGGGCUGCGUGACGAGGCUGGGCUGGUCGUGGGACGUUGAUGGCCGGUGGGUUGGCCAUUUGAUGCUGGCGACGAAGGCCGGCGAGGUCUGGGUUUCACGCGGCGGAGGCCGACGGGGACUGAUGGCGGGUUCACCAACACCACCUCCACCACCAGCGAGAUUCAGGCCGGCAAAGGGCGAGGUUAGCAGGAAUCUGUAUGUUGCCAACUGUGGGCCGGCAGUAGGAGUUUCGUUUGCAGACAUCAAAGAGGUGUUUGGUGCAUUUGGAGAUGUCGAGGGUGUCUAUACAGCCGACGACUCUGGCGUCCGUGUUGUUGUUUGCUUUUCCCAUCACUCCUCCGCUCAAGCCGCUUUCCAAGCACUCAACGCUCGCCCUUGUCCCAACCUCCAUGGCCGCACUUUGCACAUUCGUUAUUCCCUUGUUCAACCUCCUCUCCAGAGAGAGCCGAAUAAUGUUGUUCCGGUGUCUUUGAACGCUUUGGAGUUGAACAUUCCUGGGCUUUACUUGGUGCAUGAUUUUGUCAGCCUUCAAGAAGAGCAGGAGUUGCUUGCAGCGGUUGAUGAAAGACCUUGGAAACAUCUCGCGAAAAGAAGGGUCCAACAUUAUGGUUAUGAAUUUUGCUAUCAGACAAGGAAUGUCGAUUCAAAACAGCAGUUAGGUGAACUUCCCUCAUUUGUUUCUCCUGUACUGGAGAAAAUGUCCAUGUUCAAAAAGCUUUAUAAAAUAACUGCAGAUGUAGCGUUGGACCAAUUGACGGUUAACGAGUAUCCACCUGGUGUGGGUUUGUCCCCACAUAUAGAUACCCAUUCUGCUUUUGAGGGGUUAAUUUUCAGCCUUUCACUAGCAGGACCUUGCAUCAUGGAGUUCAGGAGAUACAUUGAUGGUGAUUGGCGGCAUACUAAAGCUACACUUAGUACUGAUACGACAACAGAAAAUCCUGUAAACAACUCCAAUUUCCUUAGAAAGGCGAUCCAUCUUCCUCCGCGAUCUAUACUAUUGUUAUCUGGAGAGGCACGCAACGCAUGGAAUCACUACAUACCACACCAUAAGAUUGAUAUGGUGAACGACACUGUGAUCAGAAGAGGAUCAAGGAGAGUGUCUUUCACGUUUCGUAAGGUUCGAACAACACCUUGCAAAUGUAGCUUUCCCGAGUAUUGUGAUUCUCAGAGGCAGAAAAAGGGGUGAGUUUUCGUACUUCUGAAGAUUACCCUAUAAUUUUUUGUUUGAAGGUCCUAGACAGAUUUUUCUUAUUUUUCUUGUUUUCCGUUAUAUGUUGUUGCGAUAUAUAUGGUAAUUUGAA